CGCGCGGUGUCGCGGGGACGAGCCGAGAGGAAACAAGUGGACGCAACCAGCGACAGCGCAGCCCUUGGUCGACAUCGAAGAACUAGUGGAAGAUGUGCCGGUCAAUAGUCAGGGUUCCGCCGAAGAUACAAAGCAAACCCAAAGCGACUGCAAACGGAACUACCGGCCAGAAAUAAGGACUCUAUUGCGAGUUUUAUUCAGUAUUUCCUCGGAAUUUCGGUGGUCCUCUUUUGUCGGCUGAGUAAGAAGGAUAAGCCUCUGAGAGAGAGAGAGUGGGAGAGAGAUAGAAAGAGAGACAGGUGUUCUCUCCGGUCGUCAGCCCUCCCCCAUCACCCUCCCCUGAAGGCCGUGGAACGGAACUUUUAUUCCAACUUUUGGUUUUUUUUACAAUACAUUUCUUGAAACUUUCCGCCACUAUGCACUGGAUAUCGUGGUGUCUGCUGCUGCUGUGCUGGGGGGGCAGCAGGUGCAGCGACCCGCCCCCGGACGGACAGGAUGGAGAACUGGAUGGGUAUCAAGCGGACUCCCACACAAAGCGGUCCCCACCCCCCGUGGAGCCUCUUGAUUUUGGGUUCGUCCCCUCGGCGGUCUACGCUACUCACGCUUACUAUGAACCCGGAGCGAUGGGAAUCCUGUUCCACGUGGUGCAUGCGUUUCUGUACGUGGUGCAGCCGAACCCCUUCCCCAAAGAUCUGAUUGUCAGAGUCAUCCAGGAGAACAAGGGAAGGAUGAAGCUGGAGGAGUGGAGAAAGCCGGAAAAUAUAGUCCUAUUGCUUCAGGGCGUGUACUACGAGGCGGGCUUCCUGGUGUGCGGUUCCCUGGGCCUGCUGUUCCUGGUGCUGGUGCCCAUCGUGGGCACCUGCUUCUGCGUGUGUCGCUGCUGCGACAACUGCGGGGGGGAGAUGCACCAGAGGCAGAGGAAGAACGCCGACUGCCAGAGAGGCUUCUUCACCGCCUCGCUCAUCGUCACCUCCAUCUUCAUCAUUCUGGGAGUGCUGUUUGCGUACGCUGCGAACCACAACAUCAGCAACCAGAUCAAGAGCACUCGUCGCCUAGUCAACACCAACAUGAGAGACCUUAAGACAUUCGCCAACAACACACCUGCGCAAAUUGACUACCUUACCGCACAAUACACAACGGCGAAGAACAAGGUGCUGUCAGACCUGGACAACAUCGGUCCCGUGCUGGGAGGGAGGAUCCACAGCCAGCUGGAGAGGGAGGUGAUGCCGUCCCUGGACACGGCCCUACGCAUGGCAGGAGCAAAAGUUGAGAAUGCUAUUAAAGCCAUGCGGGAGACCAAGGAGGCCCUUGAGAGCAUCGGCAGCUCCCUGGACACCCUGCAGGAGGGCACGGUGCGGCUGCAGCUCAGCCUGUCCAACGAGCGCGCCUCCCUGUCCAACACGCUCUCCGACCCGGCCUGCACCAACGGAGCCGUGUCCCACACAUGCAACACCAUCCGCUCCACCCUCGGCCAGCUGGGCUCCAGUGCCGACUUCUCCACGCUUCCGGACGUAAGUCGGCAAUUGAUGAACGUCGACGCGCUCCUAAAAACGGACCUCAGCAACAUCAUCCAGAAGGGCUACUCUUCCUUCAACGACACGCCGAGACUAGUGAAGGAACAGACCAAGAACAUUGUGGCAGAGCUGCCUCGGGUCAAAGUCAUGCUGGACAGGAUUGGAGGCGAGAUUGUGGACUUUGCUAAGAUGUUUCCGGUGGAGGCGUCUCUGGCCAACUUCACCAUCUUCCUGAACCAAGGCCAGCAGCAGAUUGAAUCCUACUACGCCCAGAUCGACCAGCUGGACUUCUACAGGUGGAUUGGCUGCGUGGCGGCCCUGUGCAUGGUGGUCCUCAUCGUGUGCUUUAACCUCUUGGGCCUGCUCUGCGGCAGCUGUGGCUAUGACAAACAGGCCACGCCCACAAACCGCGGCUGCCUUUCAAACACUGGCGGCAACCUGCUCAUGGCUGGUGUGGGGUUCAGCUUCCUCUUUGCUUGGGCACUUAUGGCAGUGGUCUCUUCCUUGUUUGUUGUCGGGGGCAACGUGGAGAAGCUGAUUUGUGAACCUCUGGCAAACCGACAGCUGUUCCAGAUCAUAGACACCCCUUACAUCAUGCACCCAGGCAUGAAGAACUUCCUGCCUAACAUGCUGUUCCAGAACCCAAACAUUGACCUGACCGUGGGCGGCAUGUACCGGGAGUGCCACGAGAACUAUGGGCUGUACCACGCCCUGCAACUGGAGACCAUGUUCAACAUCAACUCCUUCCUCAACAGAACUGUGUACAACAAGGACCUGGCCAACGUGUUCGAGAGCAUCCACGUCCAGCUGCAGGACGUCAGCCUGCUGGAGCAGGAGGGGCGCGACGCGCUCAUCAGCUUCGCCAACUCUGGCGUCGGAGAGAUCGACUUCACAGCCUACCUCACGGAGGCGAAUAAAGCAGUCACGCUGGUGGAUCUUUUGUCCUUCGCCACUGACCUGGAAGCCCAGGCCGAUCAACUGCCCCGUGGUGCUUUGGAGAAUGCCCUAAAAGGUCAUGCCAGCAGCAUCAGACAAAUCAACAAAGAUCAAGUCGUUCCAUUGCAGCAAGCUAUGAAAUAUGUGCGGGCAAGGAAUAGCCUGAGCCAAAGUGUUCGGCUGCUGCAGAAGACGGUCAGCGAUCUACCGGUUCAGGUGACGAACGUCCUGAGUGCCAUCGAUGCAGCAGAGUAUCUCAUCACUAAUAACGCCUCACACGUCAUCAAGCAGGAAACUAACGGCUACAUGCAGAUGUUGGUGGGCUACUUCAGACAGUACACAAAGUGGGUCAAGAGCUCUCUGUCUGCAGAGGUGGCUCAGUGUAAACCUAUCAGUAACAUAGUGGACAGCAUGGAGAUAGUGGGCUGCAGCUUCAUAGUGGACUCUGUGAACACCUUCUGGUUCGGUCUGGGAGGCUGUCUCGUGCUCCUGAUCCCCAGUAUCAUCCUGUCGGUCAAACUGUCCAAGUACUACCGGCGGAUGGACACAGAGGAUGUGUUCGAUGAUAUGGAUAAUUCAGGUGGUCGCCAUGGUGACCAGGUGUUUGACUUCCAUGGCAACCUUGCCGUGGUGAGCUCCUCCCUCUCCAACUCACUGACGCUGUUUCCACGAGCAUCGGCUCCUCCAAUCGACCCGGACUGGUGACAUCGACGAGUGGACAAGAAAACUGGAACUAAACUCAACACUAUGAUGAAUCCUAAACACAUUGCAAACAAAAGACUACACAUGAGAGAAGUUUCUAGAAUGGACACACCCCUACCCCAACUGUUCUGCCUCCCCUCCCCCCGCCACAUCCAUUAAAGUCCUCCCUAAUGGGAUCUCAAGCCAGCCAAUCACAAUUCAACGAUGAUCAUGUGCUCACUUUUUUGCAGUUUUAUCACAACAACAGCUCAGCCAUUUUCUGUGUAUCAAUAUCAUGUAAAAUGUCGGAGAAUUAUUGCUAUGUUUAUAGAUGAAUGUUAGGAAACCAAUUUAUUUAUACUCUUUAUUUGCUGAUUUUCGAUUCAACACAGUGAAAAGUGUACAUUUUUUACACUUUCAAGGCUUUUGAGUGUUUUAUAUAUUUUUUUGUUAAUGUUUGUUUUAUAACCAUGUCAGUAGAUAUUUUCUUCGUUAUGUUUUUGUCUUUACUCUUUCUGGGAAUGCUGGGGAUUUAGCCAAUGCCAUUAGGUCUGAGUUUCAUUAUCCAAAUAGACACUUUUAUUAAAGGGACUGGUAUUUCAAUGUAAAGCAUGAAAAUGUUAAUUAAAGGGAUAAAAACAAGUGAUUCGGCUAGCUAACUAGUAAGUUAGCUAGCUUGAUCAUAUUUGCGUAGCACAGACACAAAGAAAGUUAGAAUACGGCUUACAUCGAACAACUCAUGAUCCUACAUUGGGUUUCCCCCACACCAUUUUAGCAAAGGUACUUGUGGUACUUCUUUUGCCAUAUUGGACAUGUCCAAAAUCUUUCACCUGUUCCCUGUAUAGUAGCAGCCUACACUUUUUGGUGGAUCACUAUUUUGUAAUGCAGUUCAAAAUAUGAGUGAGCAAAUUUGGUUUCCUAUAUGAAGUACCUCUAAUGGACAGUGAAAAAAAGUUGCAUUAUGCAUGGUUUCCCAUCAAGUGAAUAGAUUUCUGAUGCAUAAUCAGAUUUCCCCCUUUUUCCUGCCCUACUUGCUAAAUAGUGUACUAUAGUGUUCACUAUAUAUGGUGCUCACUGUAUAUGGGAAUGAGUGAACAGGGGAAUGAUUUUGGAAGCCGCCCUGGUGUCCGGAGCCAGUGCUGUGAACACUUGGUGCUGUGGACCCCAAAACUGAAUAAAGAUCUCCAUUCAGUAGAA